AUGGCUAUCCUUCGGUUAGGGAGCCUCGUUGCUGCGGCAGGAGCUCUCUUGCCUCUCCUGGCGGGAGCUUCCAGCGGUAACUCAACUUAUUCGCAAGCCGAGAUGCUGCGUGUCCAAGCAUCACUUCUCGAUGGACGGCCCUCCGAAUGCCCUCCCUGUUUCAACUGUCUGCUCCCCGCCCAUACUUGCGCACAAUAUGCUGGCUGCAACGAGUUCAACGGCAAAUGCGACUGUCCUGAGGGGUUUGGCGGCGACGAUUGUCUUGAGCCCUUGUGUGGUUCACUUGGCCGAGGCAAGGAUCGACCAAUGCGCAAUGGUGACAGCAACUGUCAGUGCGACGAGGGCUGGACCGGAAUCAACUGCAACGUCUGUACCGACAACAAGGCCUGCAAUGCGUUAAUGGAAACCGGCUCUGGGGGUGUUUGCUACCAGAACGGUGAGGUCGUGAAGCACAACUAUCAAAUCUGCGACGUCACCAACCAGAAGAUCACCGACCUUUUGGGAGAGCAGCGCCCCGAAGUCACAUUUACCUGCAAGGAGGAAGACUCUACCUGCGACUUUCAAUUUUGGGUGGAUGCCGUCGAAUCGUUUUAUUGCCACUUAUCGGACUGCGACUCGACCGCCAACUUCGAGGAAAGCAAGAACACAACUUCAUAUAGUUGCGACCACAUUACUUGCAGCUGCAUCCCGGGUCAUAUGCUGUGUGGUAAAGACGGCUCUAUUGAUCUAUCUGACUUUCUCGACCAGGCUAUCCGAGGCCCAGGUGGCUUCGACUGCUCCCAAAAGGAUGGAGGCAUUCACAACUGUGCCUUUAACGAACCCGAAAUGAAUAAGCUGAUCUCAGCCUUGAUUGGUGAUUCAAGCAUCUUGCUCAACUGCCAGGCCGGCGAAUGUCUUUAUGAGACUGAGGUGCCAGGGUACAAGCGGCCAGUUAAGCAGAUAAAUACCCCUCUGAUUGCCGGCGUCAUUGCUGCAAGUGGCCUCUUUGUGGUUGCCGUGAUCAUCAUUACAUGGUAUCUGUCUCGCAGAAAGCUGAAGUAUGGUGCUAUUCGAUUAGAAGACUCGGAUGACGAAACUACGAAGCUCAUGAUCGAUCACAAGCCGGUCGCUCUCCAGUUUCAGGAUAUCACCUACACACUAAACGGAAAAUCUAUCUUGAGUGGUAUUCAGGGAAUAUGCCGCCCUGGCGAGGUGACUGCCAUCAUGGGGGCAUCUGGCGCUGGGAAGACGACGUUUUUGGACAUCUUGGCACGGAAGAAUAAACGUGGCCAGGUUGGUGGCCAGUUCUAUGUCAAUGGUGAAAAGGUCCCUGAUGCUGUCUACAAAACUCUGGUUGGAUUCGUGGACCAGGAAGAUACAAUGCUGCCAACCCUCACCGUUCACGAAACUAUCCUGAACAGCGCCCUUCUCCGUCUCCCUCGUCAUAUGAGCCGCAUGGCCAAGGAGCAGAGGGUGUACGAGGUGGAGAAGGAGCUUGGAAUCUACCACAUCCGCAACUCUCUCAUCGGUUCCGAAGAGGGCAAGGGCAGGGGCAUUUCUGGAGGCGAGAAGCGACGAGUCGGUAUUGCCUGCGAACUCGUUACCAGUCCAUCGAUUUUAUUCCUUGACGAACCAACCAGUGGCCUUGAUGCUUUCAAUGCUUUCAAUGUUAUUGAAUGUCUAGUCACUCUGGCCCAAUCAUACAAACGAACCGUCAUCUUUACGAUCCACCAACCCCGGUCUAACAUCGCUGCCCUCUUCGACCGACUCAUUCUUCUUGCUCGAGGCAAGACUGUCUUUUCUGGUCCUUUCAACCAAUGCCAGCCAUAUUUUGACUCUCUUGGCUAUGAAUGCCCUAGUGGAUUCAAUAUUGCAGACUAUCUCGUUGAUUUGACGAUGCACGCUGGUAAUAUGCAGCUGGUUGACGAUGGGACCGUGCCAACGGAUGUCUCAAGCUUGGGUCCCAGCAGCACAAGAGCUGUCAAAUCAAUUGCAAGCAUCUCUGGUAGCACGACUGGCGAGGCCAAUGCGGAUUCUGUGACAACUUCUCGCCCCAAUAACUGGCGUAAAAACUCGAUUAAGCAGCGCCAGGAACGCGAGCUAUUUACUCGCCGACGAACUGUCGACACAGCAGCUUCCUCGGAGGCCGGUGGUGAUGAUCAGGGCUUUAGGCUGCAACAAAAUCCCGGCACCUCGAUAGUUAACCAACUGGCAGAUGAUGCCCACGACCUGCCUCCCUCCGCUGUUGCUGCAACGGAUCUCGACGUGAUUACCAGCGCCUUCACCCACUCAGACAUCGCCGCCGCAACCAAUGAGGAAAUUCGCCAGUCUGUUGAGUCUUCGACGCAUAGCAAUGGGCCCAAUGGCAAUAACGGGGCAGCGGAUGGCCAGGGUGCUAGUGUUGGUAUUGGAAAGGGGUACCAGCGGAUCGGAUACGCUCGCCAAUUCAUCAUUCUGUCGAACAGGACCUGGAAGAAUCUCUACCGAAACCCGAUGCUUAUGUUGACACACUAUGCUAUUGCGAUUGUGUUGGCUGUUUUCUCCGGUUACCUCUUCUACGGCUUGACUGAUGAUAUUCCCGGCUUCCAAAAUCGACUGGGUCUGUUCUUCUUCCUGUUGGCCCUCUUUGGGUUCAGUACUCUGACCAGUCUGAACGUUUUUGCUUCUGAGAGACUCUUGUUCGUCCGCGAGCGAGCCAACGGGUAUUAUGCUCCAGCAACAUAUUUUGCCGCCAAGGUUCUAUUCGACAUCAUCCCACUCCGAAUCAUCCCUCCCAUUUUGAUGGGCUCGAUCGUUUACCCAAUGACCGGCCUGGUGGCUGACUCUGAUCACUUUUUCAAGUUCAUGCUGGUUUUGGUUUUGUUCAACCUUGCCGCAGCUGCAAUCUGCCUGUUUAUUGGCAUUGUUUGCAAGGAUGGCGGUGUUGCUAGCUUGAUUGGAAGUCUUGUGAUGCUUUUCAGCUUGCUCUUUGCUGGAUUCCUCCUCAACCAUGACGCAACGCCCAAGAGCGCAAUCUGGCUGCAAUCGCUAUCCAUCUUCCAUUAUGCUUUCGAGUCGCUCAUUGUCAACGAGGUGCUUCAACUUACACUCAUAGAUAAGAAGUACGGCCUCGAUAUUACCGUACCUGGAGCGGCUAUUCUCAGCUCUUUUGGUUUCGAAAACAGCGCUCUCUGGUCUGAUAUUAGAAACCUGGGCAUAUUUGCUGCCAUGUUUAUCAUCUUGGCUUAUGUUGCCAUGCAUGUACUACUAGUUGAGAGGCGUUAA